AUGCUCACUCUGGAGGCUGCACAGCUCGACGGGCCAUACUUCAGCUGUCUGUAUCCAGAUGGCGUCUUCUUCGACCUGGACAGCUGUAAGCACUCCAGCUACCCCAACUCAGAGGGGGCUCCUGACUCCCUGUGGGAUUAUCCCUGUGGGAGUCUCCCUGUGGAUCUGGCACCUGUCCCAACUGCCCCCUAUGAAGCUUUCGACCCAGCCGCAGCCACCUUUGGCCACCCCCAGGCUGUGCAGCUCUGCUAUGGACCCUCAACCUACAGCCCUGCAGGGAGCCUCAACCCAGCCCCCAGCCUGGAGGCCCCAGGGCCCGGCCUCCCAGCGUAUCCCACAGAGGACUUCACCAGCCAGACUCUGGGCCCUCCAGCAUAUGCCCCAUACUCCAGCCCUGUGCUGUCGGAGGAGGAAGAUUUACUGCUGGACAGUCCCGCCCUGGAGGUCUCAGACAGCGAGUCAGAUGAGGCCCUCGUGACUGGCCCUGAGGGGAGGGGAUCUGAGGCAGGGGCCCGCAAGAAGCUGCGCCUGUACCAGUUCCUGCUGGGGCUGCUGACGCGCGGUGACAUGCGCGAGUGCGUGUGGUGGGUGGAGCCGGGGGCCGGCGUCUUCCAGUUCUCCUCCAAGCACAAGGAGCUCCUCGCGCGCCGCUGGGGCCAGCAGAAGGGCAACCGCAAGCGCAUGACCUACCAGAAGCUGGCGCGUGCUCUGCGCAACUACGCCAAGACCGGCGAGAUCCGCAAGGUCAAGCGCAAGCUCACCUACCAGUUCGACAGCGCGCUGUUGCUCGCCGCUCGCCGGGCUUGA